AUGAGGGUCAGGAGGGCCAGACAUGAGAGGGCCAGGCCAGACAAUGAGGAGGCCAGGGCCAGACAUGAGAGGUCCAGGGACCAGACAUGAGGGGUCCAGGACCAGACAUGAGAGGUCCAGGGCCAGACAUGAGGGUCCAGGGCCAGACAUGAGGGUCCAGGGCCAGACAUGAGAGGUCCAGGGCCAGACAUGAGAGGUCCAGGGCCAGACAUGAGAGGUCCAGGGCCAGACAUGAGAGGUCCAGGGCCAGACAUGAGAGGUCCAGGGCCAGACAUUUUACAUUUACAUUUUAGUAAUUUAGCAGACGUUCUUAUCCAGAGCAUCUUACAGUUAGACAUGAGGGGUUCAGGCCCAGACAGGGGUCCAGAAAUGCCAGGCCCAGGUCCAGACAUGAGAAUUCCAGCUAUAAGAGGAGACCACUUCACAACAACAAACAAUUUUGGAGGACCGAGGGGAGUACAUAGUCCUGGUUUCCAUGGCCCCAGGGCUCCUUGUCCCUCGAGGUUCAACCAGCCCAGAGGCUCAUCUCCAGGGCAUUUCACAGACAACAAGGGGUUUGACGGUCCACAGCCAGUGGUAAGACCGUUGAGGCAUAAAGGAGGUUUACUCCCCACUCCCCCGGAGGGUCUCAUUAAUUUGCUGAACAACAGCCCGGAAGCUUUUAGAGAAGAGCAGUGGCGGAAUAGUCACUUAACUGAUACGAGGAGAACAAGCCUACCCAGAGAGGACUGUGAAAUUAGAAACUAUAGAGACAGAGAAAGCCACUCUGAGGAGCGUGGCCGUGCUAGAGACAGGGGGAACUUUCAGCUCUCAGCGCCCCGCUUGUCCCAGGAGCGGCAGUUGCCUGAGGACAACAGGAGAGAGUGGGGUGGCAGUCAUGGAAGGCAGAGGGGCAGGGGGACAGGUAGGCCUAUGAGCAGGGAGAGCGGAAGGGUUAGAGGGAGGGAAGCAGACAGAUCCAGAGAGGAGGUGGGUGAAAAGCAAAAGACACCCACGGAAAACGACAAAGACAUUGGGAGAGCCACAAGCAUGGAAGGAGAUGCAAACAGAGUUAUCCCUAGUCUGCACAAACGUUCACUUUCAAAAGACAGUGACAGAAACAGUUUAAAGGAUGGAAGUGGAAAGAAAGAAGAAGAAAUGGGGGGAAAUGGUAACAAGGUUGAAUCAACAGACGCCCUCCAGACAGAUACCCCCCAGGAGAGCAAAGGGCCUGCUUGA